AUAAAGUUUAAAAGAUUACAUAAUACGGAGACAUUUACGACGUCGUUUCCGUUUUUGAUCAGUACUGCCGUCUAUCUAAAAUCGAUUGAUUCGGAUCUCCUGAGAGAAGAAGAGAAACCUGAAACAAAGAAAGAGCAUCGAAUAAGGAAAAUGGCAGGAAGAUUGAGCGGUGUGGCCUCACGGAUCAUGGGUGGAAACGGCGUUGUUUCCCGAUCCGUCGCCUCUUCUCUCCGGCAACGCGCCGGGAUGGGUCUCCCCGUCGGAAAACACAUCGUCCCCGAUAAGCCGCUUUCGGUUAACGACGAGCUGAUGUGGGACAACGGGACUGCGUUUCCAGAACCUUGCAUAGAUCGAAUUGCUGAUACCGUCGGGAAGUAUGAAGCAUUGGGAUGGUUGUGUGGCGGUCUAGGGUUCUUUGCGACUCUGGGUAUGCUCGCUGUUUUGAACGAUAAAGCGUCAAAGGUUCCAUUUACACCGAGAGUCUAUCCAUAUGACAACCUGAGAGUGGAGCUUGGAGGAGAGCCAUAGAGACCCAUCAAGUGAUGUGCUCAACAAACUCAAAGCGUGUUUUCUUCACUGCUUUGUUCUUCAAAAUGUUUUUAUUUUCCUGCUCAGAACUUGAAGACAAAAUAAUAAAAAUGACUGUUGUUUUAUCACUUGCUGUCUCUCGACCAUUUGGGUAUUUAUAAGAGAAGACAUGCAACAUUUGGGUAUUCAUAAGAGAGAGACAUUUGUUUCAGCAAAUCCCAAAUUGUGCUCAGUUGUGGUUUACGGAAUUGAAUAGAAAACAGUAGCGACAUGUGUCCCGUCUAAAGUUUAGCCUCGUACGACUCCAAAACAUAGGCUAAAGGAAAGAGACAGAAAUGCAAU